CAUCUGAUCUGAGUGGAAGUUUUUCACUCCGCUGAGCAGUACAAAAGGCAGCUGUGAUCAGCUCACUCAACACAAUCCUCUCAGACUCCACCUGCAGACAUACAAGACAGCAGCUCAGCUCAGAGUGCCAACACAGACGACGAAAUGGUGUCAAUCAAAGCUACAGUGACAGUGAUCGCUCUGCUCACAGUGUGUCUGCUGCUCACAAAUGCAUCUGCAGCGAGUUAUACAUGUUGUCAAACUUACAUGACAACCAAAUUACCAUUCAGUAGAAUUAAGGGGUACUCAGUCCAGACCAUCACCGAGGUGUGUCACAUCAAUGCCAUCAUUUUCCACACAAAGAGGGGCAAAGCGUGCACCAAUCCUGCUCUCCCCUGGGUCAUGGACUAUAUCAACCGUUUAAGGAACAAAGCACAACUGGUUCACAUCAAGACCUCACUGGCACUGGACUGAAGUUCCUUUGAUUUUUGAAAAGAAAAUUGGUGGAGCCAAAACUAUUUUGUAUCUCAACUUUGCCCGUUAUCCAGUAACCAUUAAUGUUUCACAGUUUAAUAAUUCAGUUAACUCCUGUUUGAAGAUGGUUUGCUGCUCAUCAUUUAAAAAAAAAAAAGUCACAUAAUACAGGCAUCAGCUCAGUUGUAAAAGCAUUGUAAAAUAUUAUUUUUAUAUUCUUUGUUUUAUAAAAUGUUGAAUUUGUACAUGUUGUUACAUAUAGCAUCAUUAAAGUUUUGUAAAAAAAAAAAAAAAAA